AUGGUUGUAUUUGAGGAUUUUGAGUGGGACGAUAUUACUCCAAUUGAUAUCGCAGAGACAACGGCCCCACUUUGUCAUAUUUUGUACACUGAGGAAUUCAAGAAGGUAAUGGGGUAUGCCAAGGCCUUGAUGGCACAGAAAGAGUAUUCAGAAAGAGCGUAUUUUAUAACAGAUGAGGUGAUUAAUAUAGCUAGUGCUCAUUACACGAUAUGGAAGUACAGAUUUGAUAUUGUGGUUCAUUUGAAGAAAAAUUUGGUCCAGGAACUGGAUUGGUGUGAUAAUAUUGCUUACGAGAACGAAAAAAACUAUCAGAUAUGGCCUUAUAGACAACAAAUUAUAGAGUUGUUGGAGAAAGAGACUGAAUCUGUUGAUGAUUUAUUGAAAUUGGAGUAUCCGCUAUUGGAUAUAAUGAUUGAACAGGAUAGUAAAAACUACCAUGUCUGGUCUCAUAGACGAUGGUUGGUUGAAAAAUUCAAACUGUAUCGAACUCAGAGAGAACUCGAAUUUACUAAUGACAAAAUCAACCUUGAUGUGAGGAAUAAUUCUGCUUGGAACCAUCGAUUUUUGGUCCAAUUUGGUGAUAUCGAGAGUAAUUCGUCAUGCGACAAAGAAUAUCUGAGGGACGAAAUCAUCCUUACCAAAGAUAAAAUUGAUCUUUGUCCAGAGAAUCCGUCUUCUUGGAACUAUCUUCAAGCAAUAUAUAAGAAGUUUUCGGUGAUAUUGCUCAUAGAAGACCUGAACUUGUUUGCAAUUCAGUACACUCAUCUAGUGGAGAAUCCAAGAGUAAUUUCCAUCCAGGCCCUGGAAUUAACUGCAGAAAUCUACCAGAAAUCUGACAAGAACAAGUCUGAAGAAAUAUAUGAGUUGCUGAGCACUACAUAUGACCCGAUAAGGAAAAACUACUGGAGCUUUUGCAAGAAUCUCCUGUACCAGAAUUGA